CAAAAUGGUCCUGUAAUGGUCCUGCGCACUCUUACCCUCAUUGUUGCCUUGUUAGCAGCCUUUCUGCAUCUCCCAAUACGGUCUAAAGACAGUGUUUCGGAGCAAUUGCAAUCACCAUCCUUCUUAGGCAACAUCCUCCUCCUUACUGCUCAUCCAGAUGACGAAUGCAUGUUCUUCGCGCCAACAAUCCUCGCGUUAACAUCACUGCAACAAAAAUAUAGCAAGGACAGCGAACCACGGUCCGGUCUAUUCUCUCUGUGUCUCUCUUCUGGAAACGCGGAUGGCUUGGGGUCCGUUCGUAAAAGGGAGCUCAACAACAGUUUGGAUGUUCUGGGUAUAGACUCAGAUAAGCGGCUCCUUGUUGAUCAUCCUGACCUGCAAGAUAACUUCACCGCCCAAUGGGACGCGUUUACCAUUGCUACUGUGCUGAAACCCUACAUUCUCGAAAAUCGAAUCAGCACGAUCUUGACUUUCGACACUGAGGGCGUGUCAGGACAUCCGAAUCACAAAUCCAUUUUCGAAGGUGUGGAGCAGCUGCGACUUUCACUCCGAGAGAUACGAUUCUUUACGUUGAAGACGACGCCCCUGUUAGUCAAGUACACUGGCAUUCUCGGGCCAACAAUAACCAAGUUUGAUUUGGGGGCAAAUGCACUCUUCAACGACUUUGAAGCAUGGGCGACCCGCGGUCUUCUUACUAUGGGCGUUGAUCUGUCACUCUUUGCCACCAGAGAGCUGCCGCCUCAAAUGCCAGUGUUUGUUUCUGGAUUGAAGGAAUACUGGACCGCCGUGAAAGCAAUGCGGAAACAUUCCAGUCAACUUGUUUGGUUCCGUUGGUUAUAUAUUGUAUUUUCGCGGUACAUGUGGGUCAAUGAGUGGGAGGAAGUUAGUGUACUUUGA